CGAAGAUCUGAGCAAUCGUCAUGUGACAAGAUCCAGAACGGUCCGUGAAUGCAGGAGCUACUGGAAGGUUGACCUGUGUCGCUUGCCAAGCGAAGCCGUUGCUGUUGAUUAGCAACAUCAGCCGCACUUUCAACAUCACACCAACCCCACUUUAACACUCCGUCAGGAUCGCUGCGUAAUCACAUCUUGCCAGGCGCGGUCGUUGUCGUGGACUGCUCGCGACAUUUCGAAGCAUUUCAAUCCUCACUUCUCGAGUUCAUCUGUGACGGCGGCCCCGCAACUUAGCGCUUGUUUAUAAACACAGCCCACGAUUGGCCAGUACCACAUCGUCGAGUUCCACGACUCGAACCGAACGACAGCUGCAUUUCUGGACAUACUGCAGCGGAGCACGUAUACAAAGAGGAUCUGAGGACUGCACAGUCCUUCGGAAUUUGGUCACUAACUGGAAACACCCCGUCGCUCGUCGAUCCCCACAAGGUCACCAUGUCGAAACCUUUACUUCUGGCUGCAGCUGCAGGCGUUGCCAGUCAUGUCCUCUAUUUCCGGAUAGGGGAUCACCAUAUGUAUCCUGUCAAGUACAUCCAGGCCUUCUUUGCUUCCUGCAUCGGCGCUGUCCUUUGCUUGAAGUCUUACCAUGGUGCUUCAUCGAAUGAAGCAGUCUAUACGACAGCUGCACUGGCCACCAGCUGGCUCAUCGGCCUAUAUUCGAGCCUUAUCGUCUAUCGCCUCUUCUUUCAUCCUCUGAGAAAAUUCCCAGGGCCAUUCCGAGCUCGAUUCGGAGGACUGUGGCUCACUUUCAACCUUCGCAAGCUGGACGCGUAUCACGUGAUCGAUGACCUUCACAAGAAAUAUGGCAAAUACGUUCGGAUUGGGCCUAACACGUUGAGUGUCAUCGACCCGCAGAUCAUGACUCCGGCAUUUGGCCCAGGUACCAAGGUAAUCAAGAGCUCGUGGUACGAUGGAUCUCGCCCACACGACAGUAUGCACACCACUCGCGACAAGGCUCUGCAUGAUCGUCGUCGCCGCGUCUGGGCACCAGCUUUCUCAGACAAAGCCAUUCGCGAGUAUGAACCUCUCGUCCAAGGCUUCAACGACAAGCUGAACUCCAUGAUUUACGAGAGGCAAGGUCAAGCCCUGGACAUGACUACACUGUUCAACCUGUGGAGCUUUUCUGUUAUGGGGAUACUCGCGUUUGGAAAAGAUUACCAGAUGCUUGAGUCCGGCAAGAGACACUGGUCUCUGGAUCUUCUGACCGAAGGCAUGAAGAUGGCAGGCUUCAAGUUUCCUACAUGGGUAUUCAGAGUCUUGCUUGCCAUUCCCGGCGCUGCGAACGGACAUUACAAAUUCAUGAAAUUCUGUACCGACGAGCUCACAUGGAGGGUACAGAAUGACGAGAAAGCCGAGCGCAAGGACAUCACCAGUUGGCUCCUCAAGCCAUAUGCUAACGAGAAGCAUCCUGAGGCCGAUCCAAUGUUUCAGGCAGAUUCUCGCCUGAUUAUCGUUGCAGGAUCCGAUACAACAGCAGGCACACUUACCUACCUCUUCUACCAUCUAGCCAAGGAUCCCGAACAGGUCAGAAAGCUUCGCGAAGAGCUCAGGCCGUUGGCAACAGGUGAAUGGAAGGAUAAGGACAUUCAGAACUGCCAGCACCUCAAUGGAGCAAUCAAUGAAACCUUGAGAUUGCAUCCACCUGUGCCUUCUGGGCUAUCACGUGAGACACCACCUGAGGGACUGCAAGUCGGCGAUGUCUACAUUCCGGGACGAGUCGACUUCUCGGCACCGCAGUAUUCCAUGGGCCGCAGUGAGGACAUCUACAGUAAUGCCAACGAGUUUGUGCCGGAGAGAUGGUACUCCAAGCCGGAAAUGAUCAAGCACGCGGAUGCUUUCGCGCCUUUCUCAAUGGGCCAUUACAACUGCAUUGGUCGGAAUCUGGCACGAAUGCAGCUCCGUAUCCUAACCACGCAGCUGUUGCUCAAGUAUGACGUUGCUUUCGCCCCAGGCGAGGAUGGCACCCGUCUUCUCACUAAGACCAAGGAUCAUUUCACUGUUGGCCCAGCUCGAUUGGAUCUUGUUUGGUCCCCGGCUUCGAGUUGAGCAAUCGCGGCCAGCGAUACUUGAGCAUACCGAGAGACCAAGGACCGACUCGUUGCUUGAUCGGUGGUCAUACCAGCUCUGGCGGAUGGGGUUGUGAGUGGAGGCAUCGAGAAUGCCCAGCCAAGAAAAUCAAGGGCUCAAUAGCAA